UCCGUUUCGUUUAAAAAUAACAUCUACAUCGCGUAAACAUCUAGUGUCUCGAACGAGUGGAUUCGCUUUAGUACAGUGAGUUGUCGUGAUUCGUAACUCCACGAAAAUAGGUAACGUUAUUUCGUAUAUUACUUCACGAUUGUCUCCGAAGGUGAACUGUCAAAUACAAGUUGAUGUACUGUGAUUGCGUUAUUAUCGAAAUGAGAAGAAUAUCGAAUAUCGCGAGAGUUUAAGAAGUUCGGGCAAACUGUUGGCGAUAGAGAAUAUCGCUUGUGCGCGUAAGACCUCGUGCAGCCCUCGAUUAAGAUAGCCAGCCACUGUGAAUCCGGUUUGGCAAAAGUUGCGAUCAAUAACUCUCUGUUUAGCAUUAAAUAUGGAGCCCUCCUCCUCGAGCCAAACGAUCGACUGCAUUGGAAAGUGCAAUUACAAAUUAAAAUGCGACCAUUUAGACAAGGUGACAGAUAAUAUAAAGAACACUCUGGAAGACAAAGAGGGCGUGAAGAUAUUCAAAGAAUACAUAAAGGAAAAUAGCACAAAGGAGUUUUACGAUUGUGUGGAGCUGUACGAAACCUGCGACGAAUACCUCAAAACAUCGGGAAAGAAGGAGCACCAAGUAAAAUCUCGGAUCAAGACAGUCAUGGAAAAGGUGAAAAAAUUGGACGGCGUUGCUGGGUUAAACUUGGCGCUUCUAAAAAGAAUGAAUGAAAUUGAAUCGAGAACCGACUGGAAGAACGAGGCGUUUGACAUUUUAAGUGAAAUCGCACGUUGUUGUCUCGAUCAUUUGAGGUCUAUCCACGAGAGUUUCAAAAGAUACAUGGCGAAGCCGUGCUCUUCGAUCAAAUAACGAACAAACGAAUGCCUCACUUUAAUUGUAAACGUCCAUUGCACAACGACUUCCAUGGAUUUUGUUCAAAUUCACAAGAAUGUCGUACAAUUUUAAAUUGGAUUCCAAUUUGAAUCCAUCGAAAGACUGACUAAGCGGAUGUACUGAACACGAUUUACGCUAAUGAUACUAAUGUGAUAUGUUAUUUAUAUUAUAAUGUAAAUAAUACCUGAAGCCACAUCUCUUUAGUUAUUUAAAAAAAAAAAAAAUGUUCCUUGGGGUGAAUGCGUUUGUUUGAACAGAGUGCAAGCGAUAUGUGAGAGCGAAGAAAGAAUGUCUGUGAUGCUUGAGCGAACGAAUGGUUAGUUUCGUAAGCUAGUCCUGUAACAGAAGUCAUAGAGACCAGCCAUGCGAACGUCUCCUUUUUAAUAAAAGUUAAUAUCUUAGUA